CCCGCGCCGCCGCCGCGCCCUCCGCCGGGCGGCCCGGACCGCCGCCCGCCCCGCGCGGAGGCCUCGCCCCGCGGGGAGCGGAGUUUCGCCACGCUCCCUAACGGCCGCGCUGGCGGAGCGAGGAGUUUCGCCACGCUCCCGUAGUCCCCUCGUGGGGUGGCGGCGCGGUGCAUGCCGGGCCCGAGGCGGACUGUCCCCUGCGCUGCGAGAGGAGCUGGGAGCCGCGCCUGCCGCCAUGUUCCUGCGGGCCGCCGCCGCCCGGGGCCUCUAGCCGCCGCCGCCCCCGCCCCGCGCGCGCCCGUCCCCGCCAGCCCGGGGGGCGCCGCGGGCGGACGAAGGCUCCGCCGCGCCCAACCGCCGCCGCCGGAGCCCGGCAGCGCCCAGCGAUGUCCGCCAAGGAGGGGAGCAAGGUGCUGCUGCUGCCGCCCCACAGCACCAGCGAGCGGGCCGUCAAGGCUGUCCCUUUUCCACCAACACACCGCUUGACCUCUGAAGAAGUAUUUGACACAGAUGGAAAACCCAGGGUUGACAUUUUGAAGAACCACUUAAUAAAGGAAGGUCGAGUGGAUGAAGAAAUUGCACUUAGAAUCAUCAAUGAGGGUGCUGCAAUAUUACGGAGGGAAAAAACUAUGAUAGAAGUUGAAGCUCCAAUUACAGUGUGUGGUGAUAUUCAUGGCCAGUUCUUUGAUCUAAUGAAGCUGUUUGAAGUGGGAGGAUCACCUGCUAACACAAGAUACCUCUUCCUCGGUGACUAUGUAGACAGAGGUUAUUUUAGUAUAGAGUGUGUGCUGUACUUAUGGGUCCUGAAGAUUCUCUACCCAAACACAUUAUUUCUUUUGAGAGGCAAUCAUGAAUGCAGACAUCUAACAGAAUAUUUUACCUUUAAGCAAGAAUGUAAAAUAAAAUACUCAGAAAGAGUCUAUGAUGCUUGCAUGGAAGCUUUUGAUUGCCUCCCUCUUGCUGCCCUUUUAAAUCAACAGUUUCUUUGUGUUCAUGGUGGACUUUCACCAGAAAUAAACACACUAGAUGACAUUAGGAGAUUAGAUAGAUUCAAAGAGCCUCCAGCAUUUGGACCAAUGUGUGAUUUACUGUGGUCAGAUCCUUCAGAAGAUUUUGGAAAUGAAAAUUCACAAGAGCACUUCAGUCACAAUACAGUCAGAGGGUGCUCCUACUUUUAUAGCUAUCCAGCAGUUUGUGAAUUUUUGCAAAAUAAUAAUUUGUUGUCAAUCAUUAGAGCACAUGAAGCACAAGAUGCAGGUUAUAGAAUGUACAGGAAAAGUCAAACUACAGGGUUCCCGUCAUUAAUAACAAUUUUUUCAGCACCUAAUUACCUUGAUGUCUACAAUAAUAAAGCUGCUGUAUUAAAAUAUGAAAACAAUGUGAUGAAUAUUCGUCAGUUCAAUUGUUCCCCUCAUCCUUACUGGCUACCAAAUUUUAUGGAUGUUUUCACGUGGUCAUUGCCAUUUGUUGGAGAAAAAGUAACAGAAAUGUUGGUGAAUGUUCUGAGCAUUUGCUCUGAUGAUGAGCUGAUGACAGAGGGAGAAGAUCAAUUUGACGUAGGUACAGCUGCAGCGCGGAAAGAAAUAAUCAGAAACAAAAUCCGUGCAAUUGGCAAGAUGGCAAGAGUCUUCUCUGUUCUCAGGGAGGAGAGUGAAAGCGUGCUGACACUCAAGGGUUUGACUCCCACUGGAAUGUUACCUAGUGGAGUGUUGGCUGGAGGACGACAGACCCUGCAAAGUGACGCAUUCUAAUUGGAAACAAUAUUCUUAAAGUCUGAGUGCAGAAGACCAACUUAUACAAUGGUACGUGUUUUUCCUUUCCUUUUUUAUGAAGCACCGUCAUACUAGUAAGCCAUACAGUCUUUGUGUGAUGUGUUAGAGCAGAGUUCAACACCUGUUACCUAAGCACAACUAAAGAUUUACAUGAUGAAGUUUAUGAUGGUACCUUUCUCCUUGGCAGUGCUAAUGGAAAACUUCCCAACCCUCUCAAGACAGAAUUUUUCAUGAUUUGAUACUCUUAGUUUUGAUUAGUAUUGUGAGUAGCUGGAAUUGUGUAUGUGGAGAAAAUAUAGAUACAAUCUUUGUCUAGAAAGACCUCAUCGUACGUGGAGAGAACAGGUUCAGAUACGUGUUGGUCUGUAAGCACUCCGCUGCAACGGUGCUGGCUUCCUUUAGGAUCCUCUUGCAGUAUCUGUUGUCUGUUGUAGUUUCUGCCAGGUGUGAAGGGAGAUGUGUAGUAAAGGAAAAUUUCUUGGGCAGUUGUCAACCUGUUUAGUCUUCACCUGCUGCAUCAAUCCUGUUACUCUUCAGCAAGUGGUCAGUUAGAUAACAGGAUUAGGUCUAUGGGGUUUCUCUGGUAUUCAUUUUUUGCUACUGUGUUUCUGAAAGGUGGAGUCUGGAGCUGUCUCUAAUUCUUGCAUGGCUGAAGAGAAAAGAUUAUAUCCUCCCUCCCAGAAAACGGUAAGUAGUUUUGCAUUAUUUGCUUUAUGCUUUCUGUGUUUUAGGGAAAGAAAAAAAGCUCUGUGUGCCAUUACUCUGUUCUCAGUUAGGGAGGGGAGAGAGAGCUUGGAAAAAGCUCUGUCAGCUUUUGCAGCCUUUGGCCAUGUGAGACACGGUUGGUUCCUGGUAUGAGUUGUAGCAGCGAAGGCUUUUCUGCGUUGCACUGGGCUCAGUGGACCUGUGUGGGUCCCAGGGAAUAUGCCACUUCCUUCCCUGAACUCCUAGGUUAAAACAUUAUGUGCAGGGCAUUUAUCUGUACUGCACUGGCAGUAUCUGAGGGGGGCUCUCCUAUCCGUUCAGAGAAGUGUAAACGCACGUUAGUGAAACUGAGGAGCUGGCCCAAACAUACAGAAUGUGCUCCAGGCGCAAGCUGGGGUUUCCCUCUACUUUUAAAGCAGGGCUUUGUGCUGGUGAGCAACUUGCUGCCACCUGGUGAGCCAAACAGGCAAAACCAGCCUAGCUCAUUCAGCCUACACAUAAACACACCACCUCACGACCCAAAACAAUUUAGUGGUAAGCAACAGCUUUCUUUGCAAGCUUAUGAAAUGCCAAAUUGUGAAAUGGACAAAUUGCUCUAGCCUGCGUAUUUGAUUGUGAAGAAGGGCUAGGAGAAAGUAGGUAAGGGAGAUGCAGUCAGGUUCUGACAACCUGUCUCUGUAAUGUGACUUAAACUGGGCACUUCCACAUUUCUCAACAUUACGAUAGAAAGGUAUUAAAGAGGGUUUUUGUUAGAGAACCUGGCUGGGUUUUUGUAAAAUAAUUCACAUCAUAGCCUCAGCCUUCUCUGUCAGCUCAGCAGGAAAGUUUAGCUAUUUCAGGAAAUCUGUUGAGUACGAGAGAUUCUUCUGAGACAAUCAGUUUAAUCGUGCAGGAGUUUGGCAGAGGGGAGGUCCUUUUGCCUGGGUCAGAAGGACUAAGGCGUAGGGCUAACAGACAAGAUACAUCUUUUAUUAUACAAUGAGGAAUAUUAUGUGCUGUAAAUUAAGGCAAAUGUAAGUGCAAAAAGCUUUUCUGAAUCAUCAAGAAGGCAUAUUUGAUUAUGCAAAGUUUAAAAUUAUUCUUUUACACAUAUGGAUAGUCAGUGUCUGCAUAAAGCAUGUUACAUGUCCUUCAGUUUGUUUUAAAAAAGAAAACAAAAAAAACAGAAAAUCAUCUUCUAUUGACCAACAAUUGCCAGCAGCAAACGCCGGUAAUCACCACUUGUAUCACUUGCUAUCAUUGCAGCCAAAGUCUUCUGAUACAUUUGUGUGAACAUCUGCUUAAUUUGCACAAGGUCAAUCUGUGUGAAGAAGAAGAAGAAGGAGGAAAAAAAAAAAAAAGGCACAAAGCUUGAACACAAUGAUUUUAAUUCCCAGACAGGCACCCUGCCUCUCCUCCCUCAAAUGUUAUUUUCUUCAGGGACUAUAAAAUACAUGUCAAAGGGCAAAUGUGCAACUGAUUACAGGUCUUACAAGCUGGUUGUUCCCUCUAAGGAGAGACAAACAGCUCCCAAAGCAAACAGUGCAGCAACUGAUACUUUCUUUGUUUGGACCUUAGUAUCCCAAUUCUAGUAGUUGAACCUUUGAAGUUCAGAUGUUCAUCCGCUACAUAGGCAGGCAACCACAGUUAGGAAGGAAGGCAAACAGAGAUAAUUAAAUUAUUAGCCCCCCAAAAUUAUUAUAUGAAACCUUUAGAACAAAUCAACUUAUUCAUCUAAUUCUGAACAGGAUAAAAGCUUCAUUGCAAUUCAUAAUUUAGACAGCUUUCAGCUACAUGUGAAAUUUACAUCCGAAGUCUUUCCAUUCUGGGGAGGAGAGAGUUUCUUACCUCACUGCGAGUGACUACAAUUCUGAUAAGUGUAGAAUCAUCUGUGCCAGCUCCUUUCAUAGAGUGAUAAAGUCUUUCCGCAAAAAAGGCUGGGCGAUUUAAAGCACAUUGCA